UUGAUCAUAGAGAGGAUAUAGCUCCUUCAUAUGUAUCUGAGGAGGUGGCUGCAUUGAUUUCAACCAGGGACUGGCUGAGCAGACGGGGAAAGCUCAUAGAGGAGCUGUGGAUGUUCAGUGGCUGGUGUUUCCAUUAUUCAUCAACCAUGGAAGCAAUUGGAGCAACUUCAUUCCCAGAUGACACUGGGAGUCAAAGCCUGUGUCCAGGCCCUGACACAGGCCCUGCAGGCUGGGCCCACCUCCACAAACCCAUCAUCGUGAUGGUGAUGGGAUCCCUGAUGUCUGCCGCAGGCGGACUCCUCUUCCUGCUCCAGUCAUUAGGGGUGACUGAAGCAUGCCACUCGGUGGCCUCGGCCUGCCUGUCCGUUGGGCUGAUGUUUGUGGUGAUGGGGCUGGUGUGGAUCCCCGUACUGAAAGAGAAGCAGAGGCGCAAGCGGUGCUACCAGGAGGAUGCUUAGAAUAGAAGUGAUUCUGUAAUGUGAAAGUGGGAACUAUUUUUUUUUUUUUUUUUGUCAACAA